AUGGAUAAUUCAGCCGGUUUAUCAUCAACUGAAGAAGCAACAUUAAAAAGAUUAUCGACUUAUCGUGGUGUUGAAGGUCUUAUAUUAACUAAUGAAGAAGGUCAACUUCACUAUACAUCACUUGAUAAUAAUGUUACAUUUUUAAUUACUCCUAAAUUACUUGCAUUUGCUGAAAUGGCUCGAUCAGCAAUACGUGAUGUAUGUCCAACAGAUAAUUUAAUAUCACUUCGUCUACGAACACAAAGCAAAGAAGUUAUGGUUGUUGCACCUAAAGAAGGUAUACGUAUAAUUGCAAUACAAAAAAUUAAUAUACCAUCACAAACAAUACCAACUGACAAAAAAGAAUAUACCGACAAUUUUUAA